AUGGCAACAAACAAUGCAUACCCCAUAUCCUCAAACUCACGAACAAAAUUGAACGCGUUUCGCUUCCAAGAAGGCGACGUAGUUCCCGACGGCGCUACCUCGAAAGACGAGACGAAAUCAGUUAAUGGGAGCAAAGAACAUAAAAGCUCGGGCUCAAACAGUGUAGCAGAGCUGAUGCAGGCGUCUUCUGACAAAGGAUGUCCUCCGCCUCGCGACGCUCAAGCACCGGAACCCCAAGUACAAGAAUCAAAGCUGAUUAAAGAAUGCCCUCAGACUCCGGGAAAUAGGAUACCUCUGGCGGAUUUGAUCAGCAACGCUGAGGAUUCGUUUGAUCCCGCGCCAGGCCCGGAGGUGACGCCAGUUGAGCAUGUCAUCUGGCAGCAUGUGCCUGCCAGCUCGAACCCAGACACCUCGUCCCAGACACCCGCGGGUCGUCGCAGGAAGCGCCGGCAUAGUUCUUCGCCUGCUGGUUCUCCCUCGAACGGGAAUAAGAAAAAGGUGCAAAAGGAACCACUUGAUCUGCAUUCAAUACAAGCCCUCUUCAAGACACCGCAACAUGAUAUGGCUGCUGAAUUGUGGAACAACUACAUGGAUAAAAACAUGGUUGAUGGCCCCGAUGAUCUUCCACCGCCACGGUUCGCAAAUCUUCUUUCCUCGUCGCCACAGACACCAGGUUCCGGCAGAACAAGUCGAGACUCGUCAGGGCUGAGACGCGCGAUCAGCUGCACCACCGAUUUCCCUACCUCUCGCACAAAACGACGACGAGUCAAUAGACUAGAUGUUGGUCCCAGUCGCGGCGUGUUUCAACGAACUAGCAGCAAUGUCGAAUCUGGGAAACCCAAGUCCUCAAGGAUCAACUAUCUUAUGGAAAAGAUUGAGAAAAGUAUACACAUGGCCCCUGCCGAUGUGGCUCCACCUGGAUCGUCGCCUCUGCGCCAACAUAUGGAUACGCGAAGGUGUCGAUCGUCUUCCCCCACGAGGGACAAUAAACUUCACGAGGCCGACGAAGAAACCGCCGAAUCCCCAUGUGCUGUACCGCUUGAAAAAGUAAGACCUGGGAAACUGCCCGUUCUUCAAGAGUCGUCCUCCGAGUUCGGAGACGAUGAUCUUGAUCAAGAUCUGAUGGACCUAGCCAAUGCCUCGGAUGAUCCUUUCAUUGAGCCGGCACAUUCAUCUAAUGAUCUUGAUCAAGGUCUGAUGAAGCUGGCCGAUGCCUCGGAGGAUCCUUUCAUCGAGCCGGCACAUGCAUCUAAUGAGUUUGCUUCUCUGGGAUCUUCUGACUGGGCUGCCCUUGACGCAGAAAAGUCUCGUUCAUGGCAGCCCAAAAAGAAUUCAAUGCUCGACAGCAAAGCUCCCAUACUCAUACCCCAUAACACUACGACUAACGAAACAAAACGCGAUGAAUUCGAUGACUUUGAAGAUGAAUAUGAUGAUCUGCCUGACAACUUGCAGGAAAUUCUGGCAAAGUGUGACACAAAGCCCGUUCCGGUCAAUUCCUCAAAGCCAACAACCACUGGACCAUCUUUGCAGAGGUCAGAUGCAAUGAAUUCCCCGGUAAAUGGCAGUAUGCAUAGCAAAACCCCAACUGCCGUACCAGUCAAACCUGAGGUGGCAUCAUCGGAUGAUGAGUUUGAUGAUGAUUUUGAUCUGGAGGCCAUUGAGCAAACUAUGAAGCAAGCUGGUGAAGGAGGACCCGCUUAUAACCUAAAAGGGCGACAAGCCAUCAAACGUUACCAGAUCGUUGACAUCACGAAGAGCACAUAUGUUACUCCGAAAGGACGUACUCAGCCAGAGCAGGGUUUGCUAGUUGAAGACGAGAAAACCCGAGACCGCAAGGCUAUUAUCUUGCGAGAGUCAUGGUUUGACACUCCCUGCAGCAAGGACUCGUACAUCCACCUGGUCGGGGACUUCAACGCAGCCGGCCAAUGCGUUGUGGAUAAUUUGAACCACAUGAUCAUCCUUCACCCUGACCAUCUCAUUUCUGCUACGGUCGUAGCAGACUCGAUAGACUGCCAGCGACGGGCCGUCCUUCAAGAUCGAGUCAAAGUCAUUGCCGCACUCGAACGACCGCAAGCCUUCGGAGUGUUUUUCCACGAAGUUUUUCAAGAAGCCCUCAAAGCGAACCAAUGGGAUAUGGAGUCAUUGAAGACAUUGGUCGAAACCGUCAUGGGCAGACACAUUGAAGAGCUGUACUCGAUUCAAAUGAGUAUCCCUGAAGCCGUUGAAUAUCUCAUGAGCAGGAUGCCUGCUGUUCUCGACUGGGCAGAUGCUUUCCUUCAUGUCAAGCCACAGGCCAAGUCUAUGGUUGAAGACCGCAAUAGCACUAAGCUGAACUUGAGUAUCAACAAACUGCUUGAGGUAGAGGAGCACAUCUGGUCCCCAAUGUAUGGCCUCAAAGGCAACAUCGACGCGACGGUGCAAGUCACUUGUCGUGAAGAUAAGAUGGAGAAGAACCUCGUGGUUCCGCUGGAGCUCAAGACUGGACGAAGGGAUACAAAUCAGUCACAUAGGGCUCAAACAGCUCUCUACACUCUACUCCUGUCGGAUCGCUAUGAUAUCGAUGUUACAUUUGGCCUUCUCUACUACCUUGAGCUAACAAAAACACUGAGUAUCCGUGGGAUCCGACACGAACUGCUCCAGAUGAUCCAGGUGCGCAAUCACCUCGCUGGCUAUAUUCGAGAAAGGCAGCAGCUUCCACCGAUGUUGAAGAAAGCUCGUCAAUGUAUUCGAUGCUAUGCCAAGACUCCUUGCCUCAUCUACCACAAGCUCUCCGAGGAUGGUGAUGGCGAGACCAGCGCACUUGGCGAGGAUUUCGAUGCAGCUGUUGGCCAUCUGAACAACGGUGAUCGGGACUUCUUCCGUAAAUGGGAUGAACUUCUGACCAAAGAAGAGGGUAAUCUCGUGAAGUUCAGGCGAGAACUUUGGACAUUGCUGAGCAGCGAGCGUGAAGCUCUGGGCCGAUGCUUCGGGGAUGUCGUUAUCGAUCCGAAUUCUGUGUAUGAGGAGAACAUCGGGACAAAGAUAAACCGCUACCAUUAUACGUUUGUCAAAAGGCAGGCGCCUCCUGGUUUCUCCUUUGCUGAAUCUCAGAUAUCUGUGGGUGAACCGAUUGUCAUUUCGGAUGAAAAGGGCCACUUUGCUCUUGCCAACGGAUACGUGGUGCAUAGUAGUUCGUCACACAUCAAGGUUGGCGUGGACCGGAAACUUCACAAUGCACGAUCAAAGACGGCUGGCUUCGAUGCAGUCACAAACCAGUCUUUCAGGGGAAUCAUGGAGGUCGGGAAAGAAGAGCCUGCUGCCCUGGAAACCCCAGAUGAACAGCUCGUUUACCGGAUCGACAAAGAUGAGUUUAGCAAUGGCAUGGCCAUUGUUCGAAACAACCUCAUCUGUAUGAUGGAUAAAGACUUGUUCCAAGCGAGGCAGCUUCGACGGCUCAUUGUUGAGGGGCAGGCGCCCGCCUUCAAGACGACAUCAUCUUCAUACACGAUCUCCGAUCCUGGCAACCUGAAUGUUGAUCAAAGACAAGCCAUUGACAAAGUGAUGAGCGCCAAAGACUAUGCUCUUGUCCUUGGAAUGCCUGGGACUGGAAAGACCACAACCAUCGCCCAUAUAAUUAGGGCCCUUGUCGCACAAGGCAAGAGUGUUCUUCUUACAUCUUACACCCACACUGCAGUUGACAACAUUCUGCUGAAGAUUCGAGACGACGACAUUCGUGUGCUGCGUAUAGGUGCAACCGCCAAAAUCCAUCCAGAUGUUCAGGAAUUUGCCGAUCUUGCCGCAAUCCCGAAAUCAACCAUUGAAGAACUCAAGGACUCAUACGAAAAGCCGCAGGUCGUUGCCACUACAUGCCUCGGAGUCAACCAUAACAUUUUCAACCAACGCAUCUUUGACUAUUGUAUUGUCGACGAAGCGUCGCAGAUCACGCUCCCAGUCUGCCUCGGCCCCAUUCGUAUGGCAAGGACUUUUAUCCUGGUCGGUGAUCACUAUCAAUUGCCGCCGCUUGUGCAGAACAAAGCGGCCCAGGAAGGAGGACUUGAUAUCAGUCUCUUCAAACUACUCUCGGAUGCACAACCAGAUUCGGUUGUCAGCCUCGAGCACCAGUACCGCAUGUGUGAGGAAAUCAUGUUACUUUCCAACACUCUGAUCUACUCGGGCCGUCUCAAAUGCGGCACGCCGCAGGUAUCAGCCCGGUCUUUGGAUAUACCCAAGAUCAACGCCCUCGAGAAAUUCCAUGUUGAGGACUUGAGCCAUGCUCAGUCACAGUCCCAACGAGAAAUCUGCUCGGGCACCCCCAGUAACACCUGCUGGCUGCGAGACUUACUGACACCAUCUGCAAAAACGUGCCUGGUCAACACCGAUCCGAUCGGCCCCGCAGCCCUCGAGAUAGCACAGGGCAAUCGAGUCGUGAAUCAUAUGGAGGUCUUCCUCUGCUCACAACUUGUGGAGUCAUUCAUUGCCUGUGGUAUUCCCGCGCGCAACAUUGGUGUAAUCACUUUCUACCGCAGCCAACUCUCUCUCCUUCGCCAGAGCCUGCGACACUACACCCCGGAUCUGGAAAUGCACACUACAGACAAGUUCCAAGGCCGCGACAAAGAGGUCAUUAUCCUGAGCUGCGUCCGCAGUAACGCCGAAAACAACGUCGGCGAGCUCCUACGUGACUGGCGUCGUGUCAACGUCGCCUUCACCCGCGCCCAGACCAAGCUCCUGGUUGUCGGCAGCAGGUCCACUCUCCGUGAUGGCAACGAGCUCCUCUGCAAAUACGUGCGUCUAAUGGAAAGCAAAGGUUGGGUUUACAACUUGCCCAGCGAGGCGAUAGACAAGCAUGUUUUCCCUUCCUGUACAACACAGUCGCAGCUCAUGUCUCCGGGUGCGGCCUUGACUCUUGGCUCUGCCAAGGGCAAAGGUAAGGGUAAGAACAAAACACCUUCUCGCUCUUCCCGUGAACCACUAAGCCCACUGGGUUCCCGACAAGCAGCACCCGGCCUUCGAAAGCCUUCAAAGACGGGUGCAAAGCUGUUCAACGGCACGAAGGUGGUUGGGAAUCGGCCCAUCCUGCGAGACAUAGUGAAUGACCUGACGGGCUAG